AUGGUGCCCGAUGAUGAACCGGUCGAUACCGUGCUAGACGCAGUUGAUGGGAAAUUUCAAGGUCAUCUGGAUCAUCCCAACCUGGAUGAUCUUAGGCGCUUUGCGAGAGCACCUCCCAGACCCUGGUGUCCAGUGGUGCGUUCUUCUCCGCUCGCGAAACACCAUUUCGAUAGUCUGCCUUUAGAGAUAAUUGAAAUGAUUGCCGUCAUGCUGCCCACGCGGGACGUACUGAGCCUUCGCCAGGUAUCACGCGGUGUAGCACCGAUCUUUGCAAGCUCAAAUUUCUGGAAGACUAGGUUUUAUCUGAACGAUGAGCGCGGGUUUCUUUGGCCUGCCGUAAGGGACUUCAUGGGCGCAGCAAAUCGACAAGAAGAAAUCGACUGGAGGCUUCUUUACCACUCUACUAGCCAGCUCAACUGCAGUACUUGGCUUCUCUUGGAGAGAAAAAUUUGGGAAGCGCUUCGUUGGCUUCGCGAUACAGCCUUGGCCCUGGCCUACGGCACACCUCGUCCGCCAGACUACCGCGGUAUGGCCUUACAUCACUAUCAUAACACACUCAUCCGAGGUACACACCUUGAGACGGUGAGCAUUGAUUCGCCAGUCAGGCAGGUCGCAAUCUCCGCGCAUAGCGAUAUCAGUCCCGUGCACGUCACAGGGUUAGAAUUCUUCUUCAAAGAUAGACCAAAGGCCUCGUUGGGCUACACACUGCUCGGGGCCAAGGAGAUGUCUGGGGAGGAGUAUAGAGAUGAUGAAUCUGUGCAGGAAUAUCUAGAGUAUCCUGGUAUUAGGGUUACUGUUGACCUUGAGGACUUGCGGGGGAUUAUCGCGUUGCCGACUUCUAGUGGGAUUCAAAGUGUGCUAUUAGUGCCAUCUUUCCCUAAGCCGAAAGAUCUCCAGAAUCGAUAUGUGUAUUCUGUGGGCCACACGAACACGCAGAUGCGUGCGUCUGAUGUGUCGCCCGCUCAAACCCUGGAACAGAUCACACAGGUGGUUGCGGUCCUAGAUAAUCGCAAGAUGAUAGAUAUUGGAGUUUGGGGUCGGUCAUCCAGACGAUGUCCGACAUGGCCGAAAGGAGUACGAAAACGUUUAAUUAAAGAUUACAAAAAGGUCAACAUGAUUCCGGCGGAACUGGAGCUGAAAUAA